AUGCUUAUUUCAAUGCUCUGGAAUGCUGCUAGCAACGACGUCGGAGUCCACGUGUCGUGCACUCAGUCCUACUGCGAUGGCUCCCGCCUUGUCGGAGGUCCAUCCCUCGACGAGAUCGGGCACCUUGGUGCCGACGAGCUGAGCGCGAAGAUGUCGAAGCUCGGAGCGGGACUCGGGAUCGGAGUCGGCUACGGGAAGGACGGAGGCAGGGGAGUGACCUCGGGCAACGGCUGGGACAGCCACGGGUCGGUUACUUGCCACAGCUACGGAUGCCAGGCGAACUUUGCGAAGAGCGGGCGCGGGGGGAUGGUGGCAGCGUUCAAGUAA